UCAAGUUCUACGAUGCAAAUGCUCCUUUCAGUUCUUUCCUUAGUCUUUUUCCUCUAAAAUAGCAAUACUAGUGUCCCUACAAAUGAAAGAAACGUUAUUGAGAUCUUACUUUUCUGACAUCAGUGUUUGGCUCCCCUGAGUUUAUGAUUGUAGUGGUUAGUGUGCACUGAUUUGUUCCGCGAAGAAUUACUUUGCAUACACGUUUGUAUCACGGUGCGUUGUACCGCGGAUAUGGUGGUAAUAAAAGGUUUAAAAACGUUGAAUGAAAUAUAUUAAAAGAUAAUAGUUCGAUAAUUAAUAAGAUAUUUUAGAAUACAUUAAUCAUUACAACUACGCGUCCGUGUUAAAUAAUUCUGUUACGGUUUUACUUCAUAAAGUAAACCGAAUGUGAUAGUUAACGUUUUCAUCAGGUUAAAUAAAAAAGUGCUAAAGUUAGCUUAAAACCAAUAUAAUAUAAAUAAUCAAGAUUAUCUCUGGAAAAUAUUCUCUGUAAAAAAAAUGGAUGUUAAUAAAGUUGACGAAGAUAAUCAACGUAGUAUCAACGAUGGUGAUUGGGUCUGUCCAGAUUCACAGUGUGCCAAUGUAAAUUUUGCAAGAAGAAGCUCCUGUAAUCGGUGUGGAAAAGACAGAGGUGAAUGUACAAAGAAGAAAAAACUGGGACAAGAAAUUGGUAAAGCAGCUGCAGAAAAAAGUAGAGGCUUAUUUAGUGCGGACGAUUGGCAAUGUAGUAAGUGUGGUAAUGUGAAUUGGGCUCGUAGACAACAGUGUAAUAUGUGUAAUGCUCCUAAAUUUGGAGAAAUAGAAGAACGUACUGGUUAUGGUGGGGGAUAUAACGAUCGUGGUAUAGUUGAAUAUAAAGAAAGAAGAGAAGAUGACGACGAUUACGAUGAAUUUGGAAGACGUAAGAAAAAGAGGAAGAUAGAGAAUCGUUCCGAUGAUGAUUCUAAAGAUUCUAGGUACAACAGUCCUUCUCAUUGUAAAGCCAAAGAAGACGAAAAAGAUGAAAUAGCUGAUGAAGAAAUAGAACAAGUGGAAGAAAAUGAUAACGAUGAGGAAGAAGAAGAAGAAGCAGAAAAAGAGGAAGAGGAAGAAGAAGAUGAAGAGGAUGAUGAGGAUGGUGAUGGUGAUUUAUCUAAAUAUGAUCUCAGUGAAUGGGAUGACUUAGCAGCAGUGAAAAAAAGCACAAAUGGAAAUACUGUAUCUUCAGAAGAACAACGGUCAAGAAAUGGAGAUGAUUGGCGUGAUUCAGGCAGAAGAAAUUACUUGGAGCAACAAUAAGUCCGUGACUAAGAACAUACAUAUAAUGCGGAAAGUUUAGUGAUCUAAUGAGCACUUUUAAAUAAAGUGAAAGAUAAUAUAAAACUUCUUGCAAAGGAAAUCGAUUGAUGUAAGCUUUAAAUUUGUGAUCAAAUUGAUAGGAAGAAUGAUAUGAAGGAAAAGGAAAAAAGAAAAACGUAGGUUGUUCAUCUGCGCAAUAUUGCCAUUUUGCAUAAUAAUGCAAAAUUUAUAAAUCAUUAAGCGUAGAUAAAAUUCUUCGCUAGUCAAAACAAGAUUUAUGGUUUUGAUGAUUCCUUCUAGAUACAAUUUUCAUAGAUAAAUGACGUAAGAUAUGACGUUACUUUAAUAUAAAAGCUGAGUAUGUGAAUUUAUAGAAAAUUUCAAAGCUUUGCAAAAGCACGGAAUAAUUGUAAUGGCUUCGAGUUUUCAAUUGUGUUAUUACAAACGCACUAGGUCAAUGUAAACAUAUCACUGCUUAAAUUGCUCAGCCUGCUUUUGUAAUAUUUUACUCUUCACUGCUUUAAAAUAUUUUUUCGGUCUCUUUCAUUUUUCUAUAUCUAUGUAUAAAUAUCCGAAUAAGUAACUCUAUACUAUGUAGUAUUAAAGAAAUCAUUCCCUAAUGAAUUCGGAUGUGUUCUCGCAUUAUCAAAAUGAUAGAAAAAAUAUGUUUUCCUUAAUUAACAUAGAUUUGAGUAAGUCGAAAGCAAUCGACAUAAUUGAAACAUAACGUGAAUUUAUCGCUAUAUCGUGGUGUAUAGCGACAUCAAUUACAACUUUGAUGCCUGCUUUUAAACUAUAAAAAAAAUGGUUAUUAAUCAAUAUCAUAAUGACUUCUUGUAAAUAUCUUUAUUUUUCAUUUAUAAUAAAAAUCAUUCGUCAACAA